AGUUGGUGCCAAGUCGGUGCUUCGUGCUGACAGGUGCUGACCAAGUGCUGACACCAAGCUGACACUGACAGCGUGACAGCUGAGCUGAGUACCUAAAGUACCUAUUUGAUAAAAUUUGAUUUCGAUUCGACAUUCUUUAAAGAAAUACAAUACACAGCGUUGGCACGAAAUCAACAAUAUGAAUAUAUCAUCCUUGAGUAAAUUCAUCUGGAAGACACAAAAUGUUCCUGGAUAUGGGUUUCAACAAGUACGAAAUAAAUGGUCUAACUGGAUGAUGGUGAGAGAUGUCAAGCGACGCCGAAUGAGUGCUGAACACUUCCUUGAAAGAACAAGAAUUAAUGCACUUAGGAAGAAUGAUGUCCUGCCAAUUGAGAUCAGAGAAAUGGCUGACAAAGAAAUAAAUAAAUUCGAAUUGAAUGCUACUCCACUCAGGAUUAACAACAGAUGUGUUGUAACAUCAAGACCACGUGGAAUUGUAAAGGAAUGGCGAAUGAGCAGAAUUGUAUGGAGAUCUCUUGCAGAUUACAAUAAACUUUCUGGAGUUCAAAGAGCUAUGUGGGGUUAAUUUUAUUGUUGUAUAGUAAUAAAUUAGUUUAGUGUA